AUGGAUGAGGCCCACCCAGAACAGGCAGAAGAUGCCAGCAACAGGAGCCGAGUUUCUUGGUUGGAGGAAAGAUCUGCAGAUGACCCAAACCGAGAAAGUCCAGACCCUCGGAUCUUUGGCACACAUCUCCCCCCUGACAUGUUGCCCCUCGCAGUGAAAAGCAAGCAAGUCAAGGCUGUUUAUGUCUGGAGGAACCCGAAGGAUGUCCUGGUGUCCUUCUAUCACUUUGCUCAGAGUUGUGUUCCCAUGGAAACACCAAAGAGCUUUGAGGAGUUCUUCCAGCAGUUCCUGGAUGGUAAAGUUUACAUGGGAUCAUGGUUUGAUCAUGUGAGCGAGUAUUCUGCAGCACGUAACCAACUGAACAUCCAUUUUGUGCAGUAUGAGAACCUGUUGAAGGACCUCAGAGGGGAAGUUGUGAAGCUUUGUUCUUUCCUUGGACAAGACUUGACGGAUGAAGCCAUCGAUCUUGUGGUGGAGAGCUCCACCUUCAAAAACAUGAAGACCAACCCCAAUGCAAACUAUAUGGAAUUACUCGAAAAAGAAUGCUACAAGAAGGAAACCAUGCGUAAAGGGGUGGCGAGCGACUGGAAGAAUCACUUGACUGUGGCCCAGAAUCAGCGUUUUGAUGAAGUCUUCAAAGAAAAGAUGAAGACCCUUCCUCUGACCUGCAUCUGGGAGAUGAGUCAGUAGCUGCUCUCCAAUUUAGCUCAGCUCACUGAUUUUCUCCCU